CAACCAUCCUACAGUAUCAUAUCAAUCACUAACAAUCAAGAUGUCUACAACGAAUAUCUACACAGGUCCCGAUCCUGACACAACCACUCGAGCAGAGUUCACAAUCCACCAUCUCAACAGACAAUGCCCAACCGUCUGCUCACCCCGCUUCUCCCACAUCUUCAAAGUCCACCAGACACUUAUCCGUCUCAUGGACGCACACCCAGCAAUGGAUCAGAACCGUAAUCAGACAUAUAAUACCCCAGCUGCGUCGAAGAAUAAAGUGUAUUUUAUGUGGGACUUCCUCGCCCGGACCUCUGGAACUCUCGUCAAUGUGCCUCCGCGAAAUCCAUCGUGCUCCAACAAAUAUUGGAAAGAUGUAGUUCUCCGCUGUGUGCUAGCCAAAGAGUUGAUCCUCGACCACACUGGAAAGCUAGAGCAGAUGAAUAGAGCUACUGGAUAUAAUGAUGAUGCGGGAAUUGAAUUCGGAGAAGAAAUUGAAGCCGAAGCAGCGAAAUUGGAUGAGAAGUUUAAUGCAGAGGAGAGGGAGAUGAUCGAGUGGUUGAGAGGAAAAAUACCCAGUGGGAGGAUUAUGGAUGGGUUGGGUGGAUAGAUUGGGUGUUCACAAGCAAGCACUGAUGAUAUACGAAUCAAGGUACAAGGAGUCAUAUUUCAUUACUGACUAUAUAUUCACAACUAAUUACCAAGUCUCUCAAGACUUUUCAUCCGCC